UGACCCAAUGGACACCACUCUUCGACCCUUUCAUCGCAGAGAGAGAGAGAGAGAGAGGAAUGCAGACGGUUAGCGGCGGCCAUGUUUUCUCUGUACUCGUCACCGGUCCAACCCAAUCCCCGACGCCAAACGCCGCCCAGAGGAGAAGCCUCUUGCGGCGGCUCGCGCGACACACCGCCCCUGCUCCACGCCCUGCCUGGAGAGCCAUAUCUCGAGCUCCUUCAGUCACGCCGUCCGCCGGAGCAGAAGCCCUACUCUGCCCGUGCCGCCUUUGCGUCGGCAAGAGGCGCCUCCUCCUCCUGGGAGCUUCGACGGCGUUGCUGCCCGUUCUUCCCUCCACCUCCCUCGCCUCGGGCCUCUCUUCGGAUCCGGCCGCAACCGUCGAGAGGAUUCAUCCUCCGAGGCCGGAUUGGUAUGAGGAGAUCUACGCCCAAGCCAUGGAGAAGAGCAUGAGAAGCUACGAAGCUGAGGUUGCAGCAUACAAGGAAAAGCUCUUUCCUCAAUUGACAGAAAAAGUUGAAAAAGUGCUAGAACUAGGCAUUGGCACUGGUCCUAAUCUCAAGUAUUAUGUUGGUGCUGGUGAUCGCUACAUCAUCGGUGUGGAUCCUAAUAAACAGAUGGAGAAAUAUGCGCGAGCAUCAGCAGAAGCUGCUGGGCUGCAAUCAACAAAAUUCAGCUUCAUUAGAGGGGUCGGAGAAGCUUUAGAUGUAAGGGAUAAUACCAUGGAUGCUGUGAUUGGGACUCUGGUACUAUGUUCUGUCAGCGAUGUCGCGAUGACUCUAAGAGAAGUAAAAAGAGUAUUGAAGCCUGGCGGUCUCUACGUCUUCAUCGAACAUGUUGCAGCACGAGAUGGUUCGCUGCUUCGGUUCAUGCAAGGACUUGUUGAUCCUCUGCAGCAGUUUGUUUCCGAUGGGUGUCAUCUCACAAGGGAAACAGGGAAGCAGAUUUCUGAAGCUGGCUUCUCCAGAGUCAGCCUUCAAGCUGCGUUCCUGCGGACGGUUCCUCUCUUUAGCCCUCAUGUCUACGGAAUUGCUUAUAAAUAGUGUUCUUGUAGUACUUGAUGUCAUGGAUUUGACCCCCAUUCAUGCUGUGGAAUGGCCUCCGAUUACUAUGUGACCUUUUGGAUCCUACCGCGGACCGGAAGGUUGAUGAAGCUGUAUGACGGGGUAGGUGUCGCUGUCUGGUUCGGGGAGGACUUCCAAGUGGGUUACAAGGUGAGACGCGUCGGGUGAUGGGUUGUGGAAAGGUUGUAUGCUGUCGUGGGUUGUUCAGUGGACGGAACAAUAUUUUUAGUAGAAGCCCAGUUAACUAUGA